AUGAAAGCCCCCAUCCCUCUUGUGCUACUGCUGUACCCCGUGGUGGUCCAGUGCCUGAAAGUGGUGUCAAAGAGAGGCUCAGUCGACGGCUGCACGGAUUGGUCGGUGGACUACUUGAAGUACAAAGUGCUUUUGGGGGAACCUGUACGGAUUAAGUGCGCUUUAUUCUAUGGAUAUAUCCGAGCCAACUACACCCAUGCGCAGAGCGCCGGACUUAGCCUCAUGUGGUACAAAAGUUCGGGGCAUGGGGACUUUGAGGAACCCAUCAGUUUCGACGGCAUGAGGAUGAGUAAGGAGGAGGACGCCAUAUGGUUUCGACCGGCCGAGCUGGAAGACGUGGGACACUACUCCUGCGUGCUGAGGAACUCAACAUACUGCAUGAAGGUGUCCAUGUCCCUGACGGUGGCGGAAAAUGACACGGACCUGUGCUAUAACUCCAAAAUGAGGUUCUUUGAGAAGGCGGAAUUAAGCAAAAGCAAAGACAUCUCCUGCCCGGGCAUCGACGACUACAUGCAGCCUGGAGUGGAGCCUGAGAUUGUGUGGUACAAGGAGUGCAAGCCAAAGCAGUGGAGACAGACCAUAGUAAGGAGGAGAGACACGCUGUCCAUCAAGGAAGUGCGGGAGGAUGACAUUGGGAAUUAUACUUGUGAACUGCAGUUUGGAAGCUUUGUCGUACGGAGGACUACAGAGUUAUCCGUCACAGCCCCUCUGACGGACAAGCCCCCCAAAAUCCUGUACCCUUCCGAGAGCCAGACCAGCAUCAUGGAGAUGACGCUAGGGACUCCUGUCAACCUGACGUGCCGAGCGUUCUUCGGCUACAGCGGAGACGUCAGUCCGCUCAUCUACUGGAUGAAGGGGGAGAAGUUCAUCGAAGACCUGGACGAGGAGCGGGUUCAGGAGAGCGACAUCAAGACAAUCCGGGAGCACCUGGGAGAACAGGAGGUGUCCAUCUCUCUCACCAUCGACUCCCUCGAGGAGGGCGACCUGGGCAACUACUCCUGCUACGUGGAGAACGGCAAUGGGCGACGGCAGGCCAACAUCCAGCUGACCAAGAGAGCGGAGUUAAUGUACACGGUGGAGCUGGCGGGGGGUCUGGGAGCCAUCUUGCUGCUGCUAAUCUGCCUGGUGACCCUCUACAAGUGCUACCGGAUCGAGCUCAUGCUCUUCUAUAGGAACCACUUUGGCAGUGAGGACGUGGACGGAGAUAACAAGGACUACGAUGCUUACCUGUCCUAUACCAAAGUGGACCCAGACCAGUGGAGCCAAGAGACCAGGGAGGAAGAACGCUUCGCCCUGGAGAUCCUCCCCGACGUCCUGGAGAAGCAUUAUGGGUAUAAACUCUUCAUUCCAGACAGGGACUUGAUCCCCACAGGAAGUUUCACCAAUGAUCAUUUCCAGGAUGACACGAGACUACUUAGAGCCUACAUCGAGGAUGUGGCGCGCUGCGUGGACCAGAGCAAGCGCCUCAUCAUCGUCAUGACGCCCAACUACGUGGUCCGCCGGGGCUGGAGCAUCUUUGAGCUGGAGACGCGGCUGCGCAACAUGCUGGUGACCGGCGAGAUCAAGGUCAUCCUGAUCGAGUGCGCCGAGCUGCGCGGCAUCAUGAACUACCAGGAGGUGGAGGCGCUCAAGCACACCAUCAAGCUGCUGACGGUCAUUAAGUGGCGCGGCCCCACCAGCAAUAAGCUCAACUCCAAGUUCUGGAAGCAGCUGCAGUACGAGAUGCCCUUCAAGCGCAUGGAGCCCCUCAGCAUCUCCCACGAGCAGGUGCUGGACGUGAGCGAGCAGGGCCCCUUCGGCGAGCUGCAGACCGUCUCGGCCAUCUCCAUGGCGGCCGCCACCUCCACCGCCAUGGCGACGGCGCACCCGGACCUGCGCUCCACGUUCCACAACUCGUGCCACAGCCAGACGCGGCAGCAGAAACACUAUUACCGUAGCUACGACUACGACCUGCCCGCCGGCGGCACGCUGCCGCCGCUCUCGGCAACGCUCGGCAGCCAGCACACCUACUGCAACAUCCCCAUGACGCUUAUCAACGGGCAGAGGCCGCAGUCCAAGUCGCCACGACAGCAGAGCCUGGAGGAGACGCACGCCAACAACGCCAUGCUGCCGCUGCUGCCACGCGAGACCAGCAUAUCCAGCGUCAUCUGGUGACGGCGGAGCGAGGGCAGCGACGCGGCGAGGCCGGAGGCACGUCACGAAGCAAGAAGAAGGCGG